AUGUAUCCUUUCGAAAUGCUCUCUUCGAGAUAUCUCAUCCUCAACCUGAUGAGAUUCUCAAGCGCAGUCAUCCUUCGAGAUCCAUCUACCGUACAUCGCACAUAUGACUAUAUAGUGGCCGGAGGUGGCCUUACUGGGCUCGUAGUCGCCAAUCGCUUGACUGAAGACCCAGAAACGUCGGUGCUUGUCGUCGAAUACGGGGAUUUCGAUGAUAGGUGGGAUGUUGCAAUACCAUUCAAUGCCAGGUUCCUUCACACCGAGGAUCUUUUCGAUAUACCCUCGGUACCCCAAAAAGGCUUGGGGAACAGAUCAUUUAGUGUGUGGCUGGGGAAGACAGUAGGUGGUGGUUCGACUGUGAACGGAAUGGCACUAUCACGAGGUGCUCGUGCAGACUAUGAUGCUUGGGAAGCUCUCGGGAACCCUGGAUGGGGCUGGGAUACUAUGUUCAAAUACUUCAAGAAAUCAUCGACUCUCACAUACCCCAGUCCUGAGCUUGUCGAAAAGUAUGGUUAUGUUGUCAGUACGGAAGGUUAUGGCCAAGGUCCUAUGCAGGCAGGUUUCCCUAAGUGGCAGUUCCCUGCUCUAGAUAAUUACAUCGACGCGUGGACAAAGGACAUUGGAGUUGAGUACCGAACGGACGGGGAUACCAAUGGGGAAAAUAUCGGUAUGGCAUGGAAGCCGAUUGAUAUUGAUCCUGUGAAUAUUACUAGGUCCUCCGCACGGAAAACAUACUACGAUCCAGCCAGUGGCCGAGCCAAUCUGGACAUCCUUGUAGGAAGCUAUGUGGCAACACUUGUCACUAACCCCGGCGCGUUACCUGUCGUCACGGGCGUUAAUGUGGCUCGGGUGGACAGCAAUUCGACCGAACACAUAUUCUUAAAGUCCGCCAAGGAAGUGAUCUUAGCUGCAGGAACCGUGCAUACGACGCAAAUCUUGCAACUCAGUGGUAUCGGCCCCCGGGCUCUGUUGGAACCUCUAUGUAUUGAGAUUGUUGCGGAUUUGCCUGGGGUCGGUGCGAAUUUCCAGGAUCAUCCCACAAAUGAUGGCUAUUCAUUCAAAUUCUUGAAUGAGCCAAGCCUCAACCCGAAUCUCUAUGACGACGCCUCCUUUUUCAACGCUUCCUGGGACGAGUACAUGGCCAACAGGACUGGACCCUUAACCUGGGCUUUUGGAAACAACAGGGUUGUCUUAUCUCUGGACAACCUUACCAGUGACUAUCAAGCGCUGAUCGACGACAUUCUUCAUGACAACGAGACCAGUCGAUAUCUUGACGAUUGGUACAAGCAACACCCUGUCCUGGAGGCUGGUUACAAGCUGCAGCACCAGAUCAUGGCUCGUGUCAUAUCUGAGCAGCAUGGUAGCGUGAUGGAGAGCGUUUUCGGCGGUGCGGCUUCAAGCGCUUUCGCCGUUGUCAAACCAUUAUCUCGCGGAACAGUGCUCAUUAAUUCCACUAAUCCGGAUCCCAUUCUCGGCGCGCCACAGGUAAAUUAUCAGGCCUUAACGCACCCAUUCGAUAUGAAGAUUGCCAUUGAAGGGCUCAAGGUGGUUCGGAAGCUCCUGUCGACGCCUUCAAUGGCCUCCCUCCAGCCAGUAGAGAUCGUGCCUGGAGCCAAUGUCACAACAGACGCGCAAAUAGAGGACGCAAUCAGGACCACACUCUACCGCCCAGCAAACGCGCACCCUUGCUGCACAGCAGCGAUGCUGCCUUUGGAGCUGGGAGGAGUUGUGGACCCGCAGCUACGGGUGUAUGGUGUUCAGGGAUUGAGGAUCGUAGACGCCAGCAUCCUGCCUCUGAUUCCUUCUGCUCAUACUCAAGAAACAAUGUAUGCUGUUGGGGAAAAGGCGGCUGAUGUCAUAAAAGGCUUCAACGGCUACUAG